UUUUUUUCUCUCUCUCAAACCUGUAAUCGUAUAUUCGAUGCGCAAUCCCUCUUACGAAAGUCGUCCAAUUUUGGAACGUCGGACCCUUGCUGCGCUUGGGACGGCUCGGACUCUACUGAUCGCAGCGAGUCCCCCACCCCUUUUUCUUGCGUUACAGCGCGGCCUAUCGACGUAUUACGGAGCUAAUUCGUACCAUAACUCGCCCCUUCUCAGAAUCAUCGUUAUAGCAGAUGAACAGCUAUUCCGAUCCGAUCGAAUAAUUGUUUUCACAGGUGAUUAUGUUGUUACAGAUCCAAAACGAUGGUGGAACGAGCGUCGUCGUCGUCGUCGUCGUUCAACCGCUCGACAUUCACCGCGUGAGAAUACAAUUUCUAGCCGGCAACGGGUUAUUCAAAAUUGGGACCACCGGACUCGAAUGUAGAGGAAAACCACUCGAGUCCGGCGUACCCUCGAGCCCGCGGAGCAGCUUGCGCCGAACACACACUACGAUUUACGAUACAUCGCAGACGAGAAACUUUACUCUCCCGAAGCGCGGCACAGGGUCGACCUUUGUACGGAUACGUGUCUCCGGACUCGCAGCGGCGGUGACGGCAGAAAGUUUGAAGAGUUGCGGCUGGAAAAUAGCGUUCUUCUUUUAUUCCCCGUUGCAACAGGACUCAGCUAUCGAAGUGCCCAAAGUCCCUUAUCAUUCUCUUGCCCGGUGUAAAAUGUUAGAGUCAACUGGACGGAGAACUGAUAAGGGCCCGCGGGAUACGAAUUCGCCGUGGGAGAAAGCCCUUGUACUCCGGAUUAAAAUUUCCGCACCUGAGAUACCCGGCCCAUGAGAUUUUUCCAUUGCGACUGACGCGGCGUAUCGUUGUCCGUGUAUCUCCUACGAUCGAUGAAUAUCAAAGUUGAUCCCCGGGGAGGCAUCGCCUGGAAGGUCAUCCCGUAUCCCCGUACUGUACGUGGUACGGUUUGGAUAUAUUGACCCCGAACAAAUGGAGCAGUCGGAAUAUUUAUGUUCGUGACACAUAGGGAAAAUACCGAAAUGAACUUGGUUGUGAUAAGCUCGCGGCGAUGAGAUUAUCUUUCAUUGAAUAUCGGAGUGGAGUAUUUACGUGAUCCCUUCUACAUCUAUAAAUACAUUCGGCUGUAUCCAACCGACGUGUAGUUUUAACGUCUCACACGGAUGCAGGCAACUCCGAGAUUUCUUAGCUCCGCUCCGAAUAUCGUGUGAAAAUAUAUACUAUAUCUAGCUAUACACGAUAUAUUAUACUAUACGAUAGGUGUAUGUAUAUGUAUGCUACUUCCAGAUGUAUCAUACCGUAGAUAUAUUGAACUCUAUCAUCGUACAUCCAUAUAUGUUUAUUAAAUCGUUGUUGCCGAUCUACAAUUCAAUUUUUCGUAUCAACGAACAACGGAAAGGAUUGUCGGCUGCUGUUGAAUUACUCGUAUACCUCGAUACGGAGUUUCUAAAACUGGGAGUAAAUAUCGCGAACAAUUUGUUAGGGUUCAUCAAUUCCAUCGACCGAUGAAUACCGAGUAAUUACGAAAACUUAUUGUGAACGAGCUAUAGAUUUAAGACUAUUUAGCCUAUGGAUUCAAUUAGCACUUUCUAUAGGAUCCCAAAUCGUGGUUGCUCACGUUGCCGGCAACUAGCAACAGCGUAAUAGGGUCUAGUCGAGUAGCGACGCGCGAGUUUGCCAAUAAGUCCAGUCGGUGCGUUUUUUUUUUUUUCUCUCCUUUUCCUCCUUUUUUUUCUAUUUUCAGGGUUGCGUUGCGGAAUUCUCGACUCUACUUCGGUCUACUAGAGAAUGUUUUCGGACAAGUUGCGUAACUAUAGUUGUAUACCAAAUUGUAUACAAUACACACAUAUUCGAUAGAUGUAGAAUAUGUGAUAAAACGUCUGGGGUAAUUGAAAAUAAAUGUGAACGUCGAGAAAGACGUAGUUGUCGAGGUU